AUGUCUCAUGCCCUAAGGGCUAAGGAUAUAAAUAUUGCUCACGACCAACACUAUGUGAAGUUGUCCAGUGACACAAAGUGGCCCACUUUCAACAAACUUAGACUGAGAACUACUACUCUUACGUUCCCAAAGCAAAAGAAACAGAACGAGACCUCGUUACAAAAGCUAUUGUCGUUUAUCGAUGAGAUCAAAUCUACCGACUCCUUUCCAUCGCGCCAAACACUGUUGCUCACGUUUGAAAUACCCCGUGGCCGGUCAGGUGCCUUUAAAACGAUAAACCUCAAAAUACGAACAUCUGGAGGCGACUGUCGUCGUGUGGUUGAAGACAGUAUAUUACAGUGCUUCAAUGAGUGCGAUUUAAACAUAAAGAAGUUAACCUGGCAUGAGAAGUACUGGAAUCCCAAGCUGCCAGACAGGGAUGAGUAUUACGAAUAUGAAGAAUAGACCAAUAUCAAACAGCUAGCUCCAUCUGUAUUUAAAUAUAUCGAUUGUUUGGGGUGACUAGCUCGUAUUUCUCGUUUUAAAAUUAGAUAGCGAAUGGCCAGCGCACAAUUUCGACAGGUUGGUGUUAUGGUGUAAAACUCUAUAUUGGCCACGGAUGCUUGUAUCUCGAACAGAAAAGUUGUGAUGGAGAUCCCCAUAGUGUACCUGGAUUUCUGGUCACAUUUGACGAUAUCACUCACUUGCAAGUUUCGUGCCGUCUUCCGCACAGUCGCAUAUCUGGAUAGAAAGCCAAGAUUGUUACAUUUUUAUGCACAGUACAUGGUGUAUUCGGCCUACAUCUCCAUCGGGCAGAUCGGGGACCUUCUGUAUAACUAAUAAACAUAUCAGCCUUUUUUUUAGUGAAGUGUUUUAUCUUUCUGGGCGUACCGCUACUCAAUAAAUUACAGAAGGCUCCAAGAUCCCAAAAUACGGACAGUUCGUUCGCAUUUCG